AUUGAAUUGUUCAACUCAGGUGCUUCACACCAUAUGUCAUUGUAUAAGGGUCUAUUCCAGGACUUUGUCAGCAUCAUGCCAAAACCAAUCACAAUGGCCGAUAAACACACCUUCCAAGCCACUGGGAAAGGAAACAUAGAGAUAUUCCUACCAAACAGCCAAUCAAAA